UCUUGUUAGUGUAACAAGUGUCGAUCUACUUGCUUCCAUCCCUGGAAAGUCAUCUCUUGUUUGAAGUCAACCCGCUGCAAUAAAGAAUAUAGUAAUGACCUUUUUAAUAGACUUUUGCAUGGAAAAUUCCACAUGGAUAAAAAUUGCCAUCGGUGCUUUGGCAACCGAAGUGAUAUGGAUUUUUCUACAGUCUAGAAAAAAACUGAGUCCAAAAACGAAAAAUCGACUGAAUAAGGUUGUGAUUUGCAGCGAAUUAAGCGAAACGUGUGCGCAUUAUCACAUAAGGCAUAGGAAACCGGGAUCUUCAAAAAAGUGUGGGAACAAUUAUUGCUCAUUAAAGAAUAUAGAUGCGAUUGUGGAGGUGAUCGACAAGGCAUUGUACUCCAUUGACAUUGCCAUAUAUGCGUUCACCGCAAUUUCAAUAUCGAAAGCUUUCGAGCGAGCCAUGCACCGUGGAGUGAAAUUACGGAUUAUCAGCGACAAGGAAAUGACCACUUGCGGCGGAUCCCAGGUGGCUGUCUUGUCUCUUCUCGAUGUGCCGGUGAGGACGCCUGACACAAAAUUCAUGAUGCACCAUAAAUUCUUCAUAAUCGACGCCAUACCGCGUGUAGAGGAGAUCAGACGCCAGAAUAAUAUAAAGAUAGUGCACCCUCCUUGCAGCGUUUUGGCCACCGGAUCUUGUAAUUGGACCAAACAGGCAUUUUCUUACAAUUGGGAGAAUAUCUUAAUCACCGAAGACGCUGAUUUGACAGCCCGGUACCAUACAGAGUUUUCUCGCAUGUGGGACUCUUGCGAAAAUCCUACGAAAGUCCCCGCACACAAACAAGGAAACAGUUUUCGCCGCUGGAUCUCGACUAUGUGUAACUGGUUGCAAAGGCACUUUGCCUGGAAACUUGGCAAUGUUAACAAUUCACCACCAAAUCUAUGUAAUCCUAAAUCGUGUAGUGAAAAUAUAGCUCCAGAAAAUAGUAAGAACUUAGUUGCCGGCAAUAAUCACCAGGUCUCGGCAGAAAUUCAGGAUGGAACAUAUAUUAAAAAGUAA